AUGCUACCUAAAGACAAUGUCCUGCACACUUCAACAUACGAUGUCAAGAAGCUCCUCAAAUCUUUUGAUAUGGGAUAUCAAAAGAUUCAUGCCUGCGUGAAUGAUUGCUGCUUGUUCAGAAAGAAUCUUAAGAAAGCCGAGAGUUGUCCUAAGUGCAAGGCUUCGAGAUGGAAAACAAAUAUGCACACCGGUGAGGUCAAGAAGGGUGUUCCGAAUAAGGUGUUAAGGUAUUUUCCAAUAAUCCCUCGGCUUAAAAGAAUGUUCAGAACUGAAAGUCUUGCUAAGGAUUUGAGAUGGCAUUUCAGUAACAGGAGCAGUGAUGGGAAACUGCGCCAUCCAGUGGACUCUGUUACGUGGGUCUCAAUGGAUGCCACGUAUCCAUCUUUUCCAGCUGAGCAGAGGAAUUUAUGGCUUGGACACUCUACGGAUGUGUUUAAUCCGUUCAACAUGAAGACCAGUAGAUACUCUAGUUGGGCAGUGCUUCUGGUAAACUACAACAUGGCACCUGAUCUCUGCAUGAAAGAAGAGAAUAUCAUGCUUAGUCUUCUGAUUCCUGGACCGCAUCAGCCAUGUAACAAUAUAAACGUUUACUUAGAACCGCUUAUAGAAGAUCUAAAUCACCUGUGGACUAAGGGCGAGUUAACUUAUGAUGUUGUUAGUAAAACGACAUUCACUCUUAGGGCAAUGCUUCUUUGGACAAUUAGUGACUUUCUGAUGAUAGGAUUUGUGUGUGGUGUGAAAGAUAUGAUAUGA